UCAGAUAGAAAUAAGGCAUAGCACUUAGCAGAGGUCUGCACAGCUCAACGCUCAAAAUGCCUGGCUUACUUAAGCUGCUCCUCUUCCUGCUAUGAGUGGAAAGUGCUACAAACGGACAUAAACAUGUUCAACAGCAGACAUCCUAGACUCAGCAAAAGAGGAAGAAUAUGGGGAUUGUGCAUCCUUUUGCUUUACACCAACCCCCUUUCCUGUUUGGCAAAUUUCAGUCAAGCAAAAGAGCUCAUCUAUAAGAUAAAGGAGGGAUUACCAAGGGGGACUUUUAUAGGAGCAAUUGGAGUAGAUUUAAAUUUGGAUUUCUCUGUUGACCCCCCCUUUAUAUUCAGUCUCGCUCAAAAGAAGGUCAGUGAACAGUAUGUGAACCUAAAUAAUACCACCGGGGAGCUUUACACAUCUGCUACAGAGAUUGACAGGGAGACUCUCUGUGCUGAUAACUUAGAGGGGCAGGGAUGUGUCCUCUCACUGGAUGUGUUUGUGCUGCCUCAACAAUACUUUCAGCUUGUCAAAGUAAAGAUUCUCAUUGAGGAUGUUAAUGACAACAGGCCAAAGUUCCCCACAGAUGAGAUCGCUAUGUCUGUCCCUGAAAACGCACCAAUCAAUGCUCGCUAUGCAGUAGAGCAAUCGGCAGUUGACCCAGACCUGGGUCCUCAUGGAGUGCAAACCUACUGGCUGGUUAAUGACUUUGGAAUGUUCACAUUGGAUGUUGAGGAGAAUGAAGGAGGUGAGCUGACGCCUUUCCUCAUUGUGACAGAAGCUUUGGACCGAGAGACUCAGGCGGAAUACAUUACCGAUAUAAUUGCAGAGGAUGGGGGGACCCCUCCUCUACUUGGUGCUGCGACUUUGAAAAUUGUCAUCACGGAUGUGAAUGAUAACUGUCCCCAAUUCAAAGAGUCACAAAUUAAUGUCACUCUGCAUGGGAAUACCACCAAAGGGGUACAUUUGGCACGUCUGCAUGCUUUUGACCCUGACCUUGGUGCUAAUGCUCAGAUCAGCUAUGCUUACAGUGAACGCGUGCCAAGGGACACCAGGAGCUUGUUCCAUUUGGACAAAAUUACAGGAGUGAUCAAGCUCGCAGGGAAAAUAGACACUGGCACAGCCACAUUUUACAAACUCACUGUUCUGGCUACUGGACCUGGUUGUAUUCCUGCUGUAGCCACUGUUAUUGUCCAUAUCAUCAAAGUUGUCACUGGACCCCCUACUCUCAUACCCCGGUACAUUGCGCCAGAAAAAGAUGGGGUGGUAACAAUAAAGGAAUCUGAACCAGCUUUUUCUCCAAUUGCUUUUUUUACUGUUAAAAACAUUGAUAAGAACCAAAGGGUGGACUGUUAUUUGGAAGGACCUGGUCCCUUCAGGUUGAGCCCCUAUCAGCUGUUCAAGAAUGAAUACCUGUUGGAGACAACAGAGCCCUUGGACUUUGAGAGGACACAGGAGUAUGAUCUUAUUUUGGUUGCUAAUAGCACCCGUGGGAUCGUUAUCAAGACCUUCCUUAAGGUGCAAGUUUUGGACGAGAAUGACAAUGCCCCUGUGUUUCAGCAGUCUUUGGUGGAGAUAUCAGUUGAAGAAAACAAUCCGCCAAACACUUUUCUCACUCAGCUCCAAGCGUCAGACCAGGACAGUGAAAGCAGAGGGGAAGUUCUUUACCUCCUCGGAGGCGACGCCCCUGGUAUUUUUGUUGUGGAUCGAGUUACAGGUAUCCUGACUGUGGCCACAUCUCUGGACCGUGAGGAGAAAGAGACAUACCGGUUCAUCGUGAGAGCGGUGGACCAGGGGACACCCAGAAGGGAGUCAAUUGCAACAGUGGUGGUGACCGUGCAAGAUCGCAAUGACAACAGUCCACGAUUCAUCAACAAGGAUUUCACUUUCUUUGUGCCAGAGAACUUCCCAGGUUAUGGUGAGAUCGGUGUCCUCUCUGUGACUGAUGCUGAUGCUGGAGAAAAUGGCUGGGUGGCCCUCUCCAUCCUGAAUGGCAGUGACAUUUUUAUGAUAGACACAGGCCGAGGGGCACUGAGGGCAAAGACAUCACUGGACCGGGAGCAGCAGGGGACCUACCAGCUAUGGAUCGAGGCUGUUGAUGGUGGGGAGCCUGCUCUCUCCUCUGUCACAAUGGUUACCGUGCUGCUGCUGGAUGUAAAUGACAACCCACCAAUCGUCCUCUUUCCUCAGUCGAAUCAGUCUUACAUGCUAGUGCUACCCAACACUGUACCAGGAACAUCAAUCACAGAGGUGUACGCUGUGGAUAAAGAUACAGGGAUGAAUGCUGUGAUCGCCUACAGUAUCAUUAAAAGGAAAGGCGGUGAGCCCGGGUCUUUUGCCAUUGACCCAGAAACAGGAAAUAUCACAUUAAAGAGGGAGCUCAGCAAUCGUGGCCUAUACAGCCUUCUGGUGAAGGUCAGUGAUCAUGGUCAACCUGAACCUCUGUACUCAACAGUUAUGGUUAACUUCUUUGUCAAUGAAACAGUGAGUAAUGAAAGUUACAUUCAAAGUCUGCUGACCAGAGAGGCUGACAUAGAGGUAGAGGAGAGGCCCUGGUACAUUGGCCAGAUGGCAGAGGGGCCUGAGAGGUAUGAGCCGUUCCCGUGUCAGCCUGUCCUCAUUGCUCUUUCAGUGACGUGUCUGGGGCUGUUCUUCUUGGUUGUCACGCUGACGUCUUACAUAUGCUGUAGGAGGUUUAAAAAGAACAGGAUGAAAAGAUCAGAAGUGGAAAUACCUUUAAAAAUUCAAAAUGACUCGAUGCAGGUUGUGAACAGAAAGCUCAGACAGAUCUCUAACAUCUGAUGUUCAGUUGUUCACUCGUUCAAACAAAAAAAACACCACCACUGUUUACAUAAAUGUUUACAAAACUCACUGUAAGAACUUUCUCUUACAUGAAGUUCCUCUUUUGGGCUUUGUGAUGACUGUUUUUUGUCAUAUGCCACCACUUUCUGUCAACUGUUGGCAGGCAGCAACGGUGUCAUUACAAAAACAUCACAGUAACUCAGUGAAUAUUACCAAGGUCCCGUGUAAAUACUGUAUAAAAAGAUUUACAACUUUAUAUACAAGUUUUGCAUUUGGUUGGUAAGGACAAGAGACACUGCUUUAGAGAAAAAAAUGCAUCUCUUUAGACCAUCUGUCACUUGUAUUGGUUAUACAAAUAUAAUUGAAAAAUAAAUGUAUUUCCAAGUUAAAUGUUUAUCUAUAUUCAUGAGGUAACCGUGAGGUCUGUAAUACAGAAAAGGGCAAUCAAAGUGAAUUGGAAAAGCUAACACAGAAUACGUGAAUGCCAUAAAACGUCAUUCUAUACACGACAACCGCAAUGACAACAGACCAAACUAGACUAACAAACAAACUAGACGUUUCUUCACACGUUUUCACUUGUGUCUUACUUUCUACUUUUGCUCAGAUGUUGUGCAAUAAUAUAGUACAUAUAAGUGAUAAUUGAGUGAUAUAAUGUUAGGUUAAAAGUUCCGGAAAAAAAAGCUGUAGGUGCACCUUGAGUUUUUUUGUUUUGUUUUGUUUGUUUGUUUGUUUGUUUUUGUCCCCUUUUCUUUUCUUUUUAUCAAUAAAAAUUCCGUACAGCUGUUGUGCCAAAUCAGCACAACAACAAAAUAAUCACAUUUUCAUCACUUUGCUACUGGAACUGUGUCCAAACUUGUCAAAAAAGCUACUUUUAAGUUAAAUACAUCACUUUCCUUUAUAGAGUCAUGCAAUUCUCAAUGUGUCUGUGAAAAUAUGCAAGUGUUUGUGAUAGACUGUUUGUAACUAUUAAAGAUACUUUAUUUUUAUAAUACACUGGAUUUUAUUCUGUAUUGAUUUCAUUAUGUCUUGCUAUCACACAUAUAUCCUACAUGCACUCAGAUGUGUGUGUCUAAACUUUAAAGUUUUAAAGUACCUGCCACUCAGAUUGACUGGUAUAAAUGUCAUUUAUAUGCUUAAAAGAAAACAAGCCUGUAGUUUAGAUUAAAAUAAACUGAAAAACACAACGAAUGUAAAUAUACUUUAAAGUAAGGAAGGAAAUUGAUAGAUACUGAUUGGCACCUAAUAAAAAAUACAUUUAGACUUCAUCUUCUUCAUAUAUCAAAUUUGGUAUACAAAUUAAGUGCCUGUUGGAUCUUACGAAGUGUGAGUGUCCCUGAAGGAGUUAAAGAUCAAAAGUACAUGAUUCUGUAUUGUUGUUGCCAUCACCUGUGAAGAACAGACCUGGUGAGGUAAUACCAAGAGUCCCACUAAGAAUAAAAACAUAGUGCAGCUGCUCGUGUCUGGCGUGUUUGAGGAUCAAAUUCACAUUUCUCACCUCUCUUGAGUGGUAUUCGCAAUCACUGUGCUUUUCAUUUCGCAACAACUUUGGGAUAUAUCUGGAAAGUGUGAAAGUGCUUCUGACACAUUCUCCCCCAACAGAUCAACUCAGAAAGCCUUUUGGUUUUAAAGCUGCUUUUUCUCUGCCCUGUGCUUCUUUGUUGUAUUUGUAUGUUUGCUAUGAAAGUUAUGUGGGCAAAGAGGCUUCAGGACUCUUUGUACCUGGGCUAACUACUGUAUGCACCCUCCCAAGUGAUGCACUCUGUUGUGUUAUAUGCCUCUAAAACCAGUUCAGGUUUGGCUUUCACAAGACAGCAAGAAUGCAAACAAACCUGUAUUGAGAGUACAUUCUCCAGCGCAGUUUCUCAAGUAAAUACCAGCCUUAUAUUUUUAACAGUAGCACGUCAUUAAAGCACAGAGCACAUCAGGAACUGGAAAUAGCUCCGUGUAAUCCUUAGUAAUCACCUUGGGCAUAUGUAUGCUGGAUGCAUACUAUAAUGUAUUUCAGACAAGUAAUAAUAUGGGUGACAUAAAGGAAAUCAACAUCAUUAGUCUCAUGUACUAUCAGAGCUGUAACUGAUUGGCCUGACUUUAACAUUCAUUAAGAAAAAGAGUAAUCCAGCCACACAUUCAAUAUACUUCCUAUGGUCUUAACCUCCUAGGACCUGGCGUCCACAUAUGUGGACAUCACAUUUUGGGUUAUUUAGACCAAAAUACUCAAUUUUGCUCUACAAGGGCCUGA